AUGUUUCGGGAGAUCAACGACGCCCUCUUGUUAGAGGGUAACCGUUCACCACCAGAGUCGAGAACUAUGGAAGCGCCUACGGGCGAGAACACGGCAGGCAAUGACGAGAACUCCUACCCGACGGAGGCGAGGAUGCGCGCGAAGAUGAAGUCGCUGACCGACAAACCGAAGGAGGCCAAGAAGCAGAAGUUUGAGAUUGAGAACCAUUUCGACGACUGCGGAGACAGCAUAGAAGGUCUGGCCAUGGACGACUCCCUCUUCGCCAUCUACGAGGACACGGACAUCUACUCGGAUGACGACGACGACGUUAUUCUGUUCGUGGAGGAGGAGUUCUACGACGGCAACAGUUAUGCAUCAUGCCUGCGGGGAGUUGCCGGAGACGAUGGAGCAACCUGGCACGAGGGACCAGCAGUCAGGAAAGCAGCAAGUCUCUCUCACCGCGCGGCCUGCCUGGCGAAGGCGGCCUCCGGCAUGGAUGUAUUGGAGAUUUGCGGAGAACGAGGCUACGUAUCCAGGAUUUGUGUGCGAAGAAAAUGCAGAGUGGGACCCGACUUCGACAUCGUCUGUGGUGUGGACCUAUCGGAUCCCAACGAGCAGUGGACGUUGUGGCACUACUUCGAGCGUGGAGUGAUGGUUGUUAUCAUGACACCUCCAUGCGCCCCCUACGGACGUUUCUCCAGCGUGAAUAUGAUCAAUGCGACGGAUAGCUGGAGGGAGAGUCUCGAGCGAUGCAGGCCACUGGCCCUGCUAUGCGGAGAAGUGGACUGUGCCAGCUGCGGAGAGACCGAGCCUUCAUCAAUGAGAAUCCAGCCGGAUCCAAGCUAUAUCAAGAACCACCGUGGCAAGCAGUCGCUCAGUUUCCUGGAGUUGACGCCGGAGUACCAGCACCUGCACCUGAAGACAUUCAAGCACCAGCACCAGGACCACCGGCGGCAGCGAUUCGGCCCCCAGAUCCGAGGGCGCAGCUACGACGAGUGCGAGAAUGGGAAUGCCGAGCGUGCAACGGAGCUUAUGUUCCACAUUCUCGGGUGCCUGGAAAAUGUCGGAUUGCCGCGCCGGGAGUACGAACGCGGAGAUGCAAGCAGUGCCAGCGAGGCAAACCCGAAGACGCACCUGGACAUACUCUCGUGGCAGGACAGUGUAGAUGGGCAACUGAAGUGGGCCAGAGACCAGCUGGAGGGGGGCGCCGACGAGCGCGAGCAGCUGCCCACGACCCAGCGCCAGGAGCAGCUGAACCAAGACCAGACGGACCGGUGGACGCUGCCGAUGUCCCAGACUCGCCAGCGCGACCUGAAGCAGAUCAAGGCAUGGAGGUGGUUCCACGCCAACAAGAAGGCCAUGAAGCGCAUGCUCUCAGCCGGAGGCGUGCCGCCUAAGGUCUUGCAGAUGGUCGACGACAUCGUGGACACCUGCAGAGUUUGCCGAUUGUGGAUGAAGAAGGGAACCAGGGCGACCACGACGAUCAAGCUGAGUGUACAGUUCAACGACGAGGUGCAGUUGGAUCUUCUAUUAUAUGAAAGACGCGUUGUUGGACAUCUCAUCGACGGUUGUAUCAGGUUCACCGUGGCGCGAGAACUCCCAGACAAGACGAUCGUGACGCUCUUGGAUUUCAUAUGGGUGAACUGGAUACAGGUCUUCGGGCCUAUGGCGGUACUGACCGUCGAUGGCGAAGGAGCUAUGGCAUCCGAAGAGGCUGGGGUGGCUCUCGGACGCAUGGGAACCACGCGCAAACUGAAGGCCCCAGGACAACAUGCGCAAGUGGUUGAACGACAUCACGAUAUACUACGCCGACAGAUGCAUGUCAUAGACGCACAUCUCCGAGAGUUCGGCAUCAAGCUGCCCUUCGCUCGAAGAUUGGCCGAAGCAGUUCUCGCCAAGAACUCUUUCCUGACCAUUGGAGAAGGUACGCCAUACAAAGCACUUUAUGGACGUGUGCCUCUUGUGCUCAGGGACUUCGACAGGAGUGGAGCUCAAGAGUUGGAUGAUGAAGAUGGACUGAAGAUGUUCAGGCACUCGCAGAGGCUUCGAGAGAUCGUGACCAUGUCGAUCAUCGAGGCCACGGCGCCGGCGAGGACGGAGCGAGCUGCCAAGGCACGAACGGCCCCGGCGACGGAGGAUUUGCAUUUGGAGAUCGGAGACCUCGUGGACUUCCACAAGCCGGGGAAAGCGCCCGAGGACGUGCCGAGCUGGAAGGGACCGGCCAAAGUUGUCUCGGCACAAGCACCAGAGACGGGGACGAUCACCAUACAUUGGCAGGGACGCGACGUGAUAGUCAACACUCCUGAUGUCAGACGUGCAAUACUGUAUAGCUAUUCCGUAUCUUACAUGGCGGUGGAGAGCGACCCAGCGCUGAUCCUAUUGGAUCUCGUACAUAAUAUCAGAGAAGGUUGCGAGCAUCUUGGCUGGGCGAGCACGUCAUCGGGAUGGGCCUUGACGAAGAUAUCUAAGGGCUAUCCCAUCGUGGUGGCUGCCAUGCUUCAAGUCGCCUCUUGUGGGCUACAUAUCAACGGAGCAGUGGCCGCCCGAGUUGGCAGAAAAGUACCAGCGCUUCCUGGACUUCACGAUUUCGAGCACUACACUUUGUGUUGGUGGACUGCGAGGCGUCUGGACAAAGGAGAGUCAGGAGUGGAGGCCAUGUGUUAUGGUGAAGGAUCUGCAGCAGAACAUCUCAGCCUUCGAUAUAUCUUCGGCGAGAAGGAAUGGGCUUCGUGCUACUUCAUGCAGUUCCUGGCUGUGGAGCCUGAUGUUCUGGAUGUUUCGCAAGAAGAGCUGUACAGCCUGGAGGCCGUCUGGGCAAUACCGAAGGAGGACUCGGACUUGGCGAGGGACGUAGACGAGAACGACUUCAUGGACAUGAUCGGUUACCUCACGGAAGAGCCAGACGUGUCCGUCCUCGAGCGGAACGAGAUUAUCCAGGACUACGACGUAAUAGAGGCCUGGAACACGCAGAGUACCACACGCGCGAAGGCGACCGACGACAUAGUGGAGUCACUACAAUCGGAGAAGGUCUUCCAGAUAGGAUUCGCAGCAGGAGCCUGGAAUAUGCUAAACGAGCCGACCAUCAACGGAGACCCUACGCACGGGGACGAUGUGGCUGUGUUAAGUUUCUACGAGGAUGGAUCCGCCAAGGCCGUGAUAGAGAGAGAUGACAACCUGCUGACGCCUACCGAGAAGAUCGAACACCGAGAAGCAGUUCGAGCGGCACGACUCAAGGAGCUACGGCACUGGGUAGGAUUCAAGGCAAUGUCGAGGCGACCUCGUAAGCAAGCCAGGAAUCGCAUCGACGCGAAGUGGGUCGAUACAUGGAAAUGGGUACAAGCAGCAGACGGAACUAUGACCAGGAUCAUACGAUGCAGACUUACGGUACGUGGAUUCAAAGACAGACACAAGGACGAGGUGAAGACGUUCACCGCGACCAGCACGAGAUGGGGCCAGAGAAUGGUGAAUAUUCUUGCGGCGCAGCAUCGUUGGAAGCUAUGUAGUGCGGACAUCUCGUCGGCUUUCCUGCAGGGAAAGACUUUCGAGGAGGUUGCGAAGCUGCUCAACGAACCGAUUAGAGAUAUUUGCUUUGAGUUGCCGAGGGGCACAGCCGAGCUGUUAUGUGAAGUGGAAGGCUUCGAGGGUUUCAACUCGAUUUUGGAGGCGACCGGCGAGAUGAUUGCAUCACUGGAGGCAGUUUUCGGCAAGAUGACUAUGAGUGAGAGCAAUUUCGUGCACUGUGGCUUGCGCCACAGACAGCUGGAGGAUAUGAACAUCGAGGUUGACCAGACUGAGUAUAUCAAGAAUUUGAAUUGUAUCGACGAAAAGGAACUGCAAGGCCGGGGAGACGACGAUCCACCGGAGAAGCACGUGAAGCUCUACCCAUCUUUGCUUGGAGCUAUCGCGUGGUGUAUCAUGACGAGGUGCUGGUGGCUGGUCGUGCUGGUGGUCGUGCUGGUGGUCGUGCUGGUGGUCGUGCUGGUGCUUGUGCUGGUGGUCGUGCUGGCGGUCGUGUUGGUGGCCGUUCUGGUGGAGGUGCUGGUGGUCGUGCUGGUGAUCGUGCUGGUGGACGAGCUCGACGAGGCCCACGCCACCAUGGAGCACGUGGAACUCCUCGCCGCGGCAGAGGUCGCCGCGCUGCGCCGGCGCUCCGUGCGCGCGAAAGGGUGCCCGCCCCCCACGUGCGGGCCGGAGCAGCGCAGCCUGUGCCUGCACUUCUCGGCGGCGAGCGAGGGGGGCCUUCUCCUCCUCGCUUUCCCGCCCCGCUUGCCGCCGAACUUCCUGAGCGAGAUGGCGCGGUCGGGCCAGAGCUUGCUGCAGUGCUUCUUCCGGGCGAUGAGCACGUUCGACGACAGCCUCGCGGUGGUCGUGGGCGAGCCGCCCCUCUCGGAGAACCGCCGCGCCCUCACCCGCGCCGCGGCGGUGUGGCUCGUGACCUCGAAGUGCGAGGGGCGCGCGGUCCAGGGCAUGGCGACGACGCUGCAGAUGGUCACGCUGCGCGUCUCGCAGCUCUCUGAGCUCACGGGCGGCCCCCCGAUCCUCGCCGACGACGUCAGGGAGGAGGAACGUGGGCUGCUGAAGGCCAGCCUGCCGAACCUGUACGCGCCGACGAUGCUGCAGUGGAUCGACCUGUUGCGCGAGCGCUUCGACGUCGUCUCCCGGCGCCGCGCCAUGGGCGUGUUCCAGGCCACGGCGCCGUGGAUGCACGCCGUUGCCACCCAGGCGUUGAAGGCGGGUCCGCCGAGCGAGCGGUUCCCGCCUCGCGCGCUGGUGGCGGCCACGGCUGGCCUGGCCCUCGUCGCGGCCGGCCUGCUCCGCGCGGAUGCCUUGGUUCCGGCCUACAUGACUGACGCGCGUUGGCAAGACGCCCUCGACCAGGUCCUGCAGGAACCAGAGGAGCGCCUCAGGGACGUCGAACCCCCUUAUGUGGAGCCGACGGCAGCACGUGCCGUUCUGGAGUUCGCGACGGGCCUCACGAUCGAGGAGGUGCGAAACUACGUGCCGUACGUGGUGAUGUUGGCCAUCGGGGCGCGCAACAUGCAGUAG